AUGGAUAAAUUUGAUGCUUUAAAUAAUAAAAUAAAAUAUUUAUUUGACGAAUUACAAAAAUAAAAAAGCAUUUAAGAUAAAAUUGAUAAUGAAGUAUAAGAAAAUAUUGAAUAAACUCAAAAAAAUUGUGUUUGUUUAUUAGAUAAUUUUUCUAAAGAACGGGAAGAAAGUGAAAGAAGAAUUUUCUAAAAACUUACAAGUUAAAUUGAUAUUUUAACUGUAGAAAUUCAUAGAGAAUAUGAAGCUAAAACAGCAUCUUAAAAUUAUUUAUAAAGUUAAAUAGAAGAAGAGCUUCCAAGAUUUUAAGAAGAAAUAAGAUAAGAAAGUGCACAUAGAGAAGAAAUCGAAUAAGUUAUUUAUUAAUAGUUUUCUGAAUAAAUAUAAGAAUUGAAAGAAAUGUUUGAAAUCGAAAGAAAAGAAAGAGAAAUUAGAGAAGAAGAGCUUAUUAAUAUUUUAAAAGUUAUUUAUACCAAAAUUAAUUAAGCAAUCAGUAAAUGCGCUUAUGAUAGAGAGAAAAGUGAAGAAAUGCUUGUUAAAUUAAUUGAAAAAGUUAUUGAUAAAAUUAAAGUUGAAAUACAAGAAUAAGAUUUUUGA